AUGGACAACCCGAACGAUCCCUUCUUGGUCCAUCUGGGGAAGUACGAGCGUCACAGGAAGAUUUUUGUCGAGCCAAUUCCUGUGCUCUUCCAUCAGCUCAAGCAGAACCUGGGCAACAUGACAAACGCCACCUUCAUCAAUGCAGCCAUCAGCAGCAUGGCAGAAGGUGAUCCAGAUGAGAGCGGGCAUGAUUCAAAGUCAACAGCAACCAUGUUCUGCGUGCAAAGCGAGCAGUCAGCGCCAACCAAACCUGCGAAUGGGACGCAGCUGCCCUUCUGGGCGGACCAGAUCUGCUCCUUCAGCCACGACCACAUCACCAAACUCCUCCCAAACGCCCAGGUGAAGAGCGUUGAGGUACAAUCGCUGACUGUGCGCCAGAUGCUGCAUCAGCAUGACAUCAGCGACGUGCUGGUGGUCCUGAUCGACACAGAGGGCUUUGACUGGCAGGUUCUGCGGCAGCUUCCGCUGCACCGCGCCAGCUUCCGCCCGGUGCUGAUCGGAUUUGAGAACCAGCAUCUGAGCAAGGGUGACCUGGCGGCCACCUCAGACUUCCUGCACGGCCACGGUUAUGCAGUGACACACGACGCAGCGACCUUCAAUACCUUUGCGCUAGCGAUGGCUUGA